UAUGUUAUCAAAAGUUAAUAAAUAAGAAAAAUAAGAAAAUUAUACAUCAGGAUUAAAGCAACUAUAGGUAAUAAAAAUGAAACUCGAAAAUUUAUUGGAUAGUCACCGCUUUAUUAGUGAACCAACCGACACGAUGGACAACCAUAUGUUUUGGAUUUUUGGUUAUGGAUCCUUAAUUUGGAAAGCAAACUUUCCUUUUAUUAAAAAAUAUUCUGGGUACAUAAAAGGAUACACUAGGCGCUUUUAUCAAUAUAGCCCUGAUCACAGAGGCACUCAUGAAUUUCCUGGAAGAGUAGUUACACUCAUACCAUCAACUGAUGAGAGUUGUGUAUGGGGUAUAGCUUAUGCAAUUGAUGAUCGUGAAAUAAAUCAAGUAUGUGCGAGCUUAGACUUCCGUGAACGUUCAGGGUAUACUAAGAAAGUGAUACAGUUUUUUACUAAUUCACCCGAUGAUGAAGCUCCAAAAAAAGUUACUAUCUACAUAGCUGAUGAAAAUAAUGAAUGGUAUGCUGGAGAAGCUCCUAUUCAGCAAAUUGCAUCAAGAAUAAUAAUGUGCCAUGGAACUAGCGGUCCAAAUCCUGAUUAUGUGUAUAAGUUAGCAUCAGAAAUGAGGCGAAUAGCUCCUGAUGAAGAUGACAAACAUUUAUUUGAACUUGAAGCUGCGUUAAAAUUAAUUGACUGUAAAAAUAAAUAAUUAAAAUCAUAUUUUGUUAAAGUAAUUUAAUAGUUGAGAAAUUAUAAAUGUUUUAUCUAUUAUUUACAAAAUACGCGUUUGAUUUUAAAUAAUAUUUUAUAGAAAGGUGUAUUUUACAAAACAAAAAGGUGUUGAAAUUAGAAAUUGUUUUAUUUGUUUAUUUUUACUAAAAUGUAAGCCAAGAGAUAUAUUAUUAUUCAAUAAAAUUAUUACU